CAGCGCGGCCCCGCGGGGCCCCGAUGAUGCCGGGCGCGCGGGCGGCGGAGCAGCAGCAGCGCCCGGAGGUGCGGCGGCCGCUGCCGCCCCAGUGACGGCCCCGCCAUGUCGGUGAUGGUGGCGAGGAAGAAGGUGGUUCGGAAAUGGGAGAAGCUGCCGGGCAGGAACACCUUCUGCUGCGACGGCCGCAUCAUGAUGGCCCGGCAGAAGGGCAUCUUCUACCUGACCCUCUUCCUCAUCCUCGGCACCUGUGCCCUCUUCUUCGCCUUCGAGUGCCGGUACCUGGCUGUCCAGCUGUCCCCGGCCAUCCCUGUGUUUGCAGCAGUUCUCUUCCUGUUCGCCAUGGCCACGCUGCUGCGGACCAGCUUCAGCGACCCUGGUGUGAUCCCGAGGGCGCUGCCCGACGAGGCAGCCUUCAUUGAGAUGGAGAUCGAGGCCACCAACGGGACCGUGCCGCAGGGUCAGCGCCCGCCCCCGCGCAUCAAGAACUUCCAGAUCAACAACCAGAUCGUGAAGCUCAAGUACUGCUACACGUGUAAGAUCUUCCGGCCGCCCCGCGCCUCGCACUGCAGCAUCUGCGACAACUGUGUGGAGCGCUUCGACCAUCACUGUCCCUGGGUGGGCAACUGUGUGGGGAAGAGGAACUACCGCUACUUCUACCUCUUCAUCCUCUCGCUCUCCCUCCUCACCAUCUACAUCUUCACCUUCAACAUCGUCUACGUAGCACUGAAAUCUCUGAAGAUUGGGUUUCUGAACACGUUGAAAGAAACCCCAGGGACUGUACUGGAGGUGCUCAUCUGUUUCUUUACGCUGUGGUCGGUGGUGGGGUUAACUGGGUUCCACACCUUCCUGGUGGCACUGAAUCAGACAACCAACGAAGACAUUAAGGGGUCCUGGACUGGGAAGAACCGCGUGCAGAAUCCCUACAGCCACGGCAACAUAGUGAAGAAUUGCUGCGAGGUGCUCUGCGGGCCCCUGCCCCCCAGCGUCCUGGACAGACGGGGCAUCCUGCAGCAGGAGGAGAGCACAGCUCAGGAGGGGUCGUGCCUGCAGGGGCCUGGCACGCAGGAGCCCCCAGCCACGCAGGGCCCUGGGCAGGCCCAGGAGGGUGGCAUGAAGCAGCAGGAUGGCAGCAUUCCUCCCCCCAGUGCCGUCCCUGCACCGUCCGUGAGCGACACCGAGAUGCCAGAGGAGAAGCAGCGAACGCCUGGGGAGCUCCCGGUGCCCUCCCCGGACGCUGGGCGAGCGGAGCACUAGCAUCUGCUUGGAAGGGAGAACUUUCUUUUUUUGUCGAAUCAAAGCUGGAAGUGGUGGAGGAGAGGAGGAGAAGGGCUGGAUGGCAGGCACCUGAUUCCCCAUGGCCAUUUUGCUUUAGUCAUUACUCACCGCGGUGCGGGCGGCGCUGGCCCUGCGCAGUGGCACGGGACAGCGAGCGUGGGCAGCACGCCCUGGUCACCACGAGGCACUGCCACCACCAGGGCAGCUCUGCCUGGGGCCGGGCCUCUGGCUCUGCGGGCUGUCCUGGAUGCUCCAUCCCGGCGCGGGGCUGGGGCUGUCCCUCUGCCGGGGCCCGGCUCUGACCAGGAAUCCCCCCAGGAAGGGGAGAGCAAUCGUGGCAGCAGCGUCCUCUCUCCCCUCCUCACUCCUUCCUCUAAUCUGUCGCGUUGUUUUGUGGUUGGCGUGGCAAGGCUUGUCAGGAGACAUUUUGGUGCCCAAAGGACCCAAACAAGCGGGAAGGAGUUGUGCUGGCA